GGAGAUGAAGACACGUCACGCUGGUCCUCUUCAGCAGAACGAUGGAUGGAGAGAAAGCAGAGCGGAACUGUAACUGGCGCCUUCAUGGAGCCCUGAUACACAGGGCAGAGAGCAGGUAAAUGGAGGUGCAGGACAGGAGCCGCUCGCCUUCCCGUAGAACUAGUCGGGUGGAGCAGGUGGUGGGACGAUGGCUGAGACGAUCCCGGGACCUGGGCAGCAGGUCCCACUCUCUGAGCAGAGACCGGGUUGCAGUGGAUGGGAAGCCAGCAGAGUGCAGUGGCUCUGAUCAAAGGAAUUACCCUUUCCGCUUCAUUGUUCAGAUCCAACGGGACCCAAACCUCAACUCUCAUGGCCUCACUCUGUCUUCCCAGAACCCCAUCCUGGUGCAGGAGGUCACCCCAGGUGGUCCUGCAGAUGGUCGUCUCGUCCCUGGCGACCAGCUUGUGAAGAUCAAUAACAUCGCUGUCGAAGACCUGACCCCGGAGCAAGCUGCUGAGAUAAUCAGGGAGUGUCAAGAUACGCUGACAAUGACUGUCCUCAGAACGAUGCUGGGCCCAAAGUCAUCAUUCAUCACACCAGAGAAGAGGGCCAAGCUCAGGUCCAACCCUGUGAAAGUUCACUUUGCUGAGGAGGUGGAGGUCAAUGGACACUCUCAGGGCAACUCACUGCUCUUCCUGCCCAAUGUUCUGAAGGUGUAUCUGGAGAAUGGGCAGACCAAGGCCUUCAAAUUUGACCCCAACACCACAGUCAAGGACAUUGUGAUGACACUGAAGGAAAAGCUUUCUCUUAGCCAUAUUGAACACUUCUCCCUGGUGCUGGAGCAGCAGCACAGCAUUACCAAACUACUGCUGCUACAUGAUGAGGAGAGGAUACAGCAGGUGGUUCAGAAGAAAGAAGCCCAUGACUACAGAUGUCUGUUCCGUGUUUGUUUUAUGCCCAAAACCCUCCAGACGCUGCUGCAGGAGGAUCCAACUGCCUUUGAGUACCUCUACCUGCAGGGGGUGAAUGAUGUGCUGCAAGAGCGUUUUGCAGUAGAGAUGAGGUGUAACACCGCACUGCGUCUCGCUGCGCUGCACAUCCAGGAGAGACUGGCAAGCUGUGGACAGUCACCAAAGACCAACUUGAAGAUGAUCACGAAGACAUGGGGCAUAGAGAACUUUGUGUCAUCCACCUUGUUGAGGAAUAUGCGAGAAAAAGAUCUGAGGAAGGCCAUCAGCUACCAUAUGAAGAAGAGCCAAUCACAGAACGAUCCCAAGCAGAAGGGUCUGUCAGUAGAUCAGACACGGAUAAACUACCUAGAGGAGCUGAGUGAUCUCAAGUCAUUUGGAGGGAAAUCCUUCAGUGCCACCAUGAUGCUUCAGGACAGGGAGUCAAUGGUGACCUUGUUGGUGGGGGCACGCUACGGGGUGAGUCAGGUGGUCAAUCACAAACUGAGCAUCCUGUCCACCCUCACAGAGUUCACCAGCAUCACACGCAUUGAGCUGCUGCCUGAAUCUGACAAGGUCAGCCUGGUCAAAAUAUACUUGCAGGAUAUUAAGCCCAUCACAUUGCUAUUGGAGUCAGCAGCCGCCAAAGAUAUGUCCUGCCUAAUAGCAGGGUACUGUCGAGUGUUUGUUGACCCUAACCUCAACAUCUUCCCCUGGAUACAUGACUCCAGGAAGCACAAAGUGUCUGCUGAGGAAGGUUAUGUGUCACGGUGUGGCAGCGACUCAGACUCCUCAGACCUGGACAUGGAACCACUGGUCACACAGGUGUCUCAUGACGAAAAGCCCUGCCCUCGUGUCAGGUCCUCAUCAGACCCAGAGGGAAGAAAAAGGAAAGACAAAAACACAAGAAGAAACAAAGAUGGCAAAGAAAAGGGGGAUACACCUUGGGAGGAUAAAAAGCAAAAGGAAGAAAAGGAUGCUGACCCCAAAAAGGAAAAUUCUCCCCUAGAUAAGAAUAGAGAAAGUGAGAAUGAAGAUACGGAGCAGAAGGAGGAGUCGGAGGAGAGAAUGCAUGAUGGUCGCCAAAUGCCGAUCCAGAUAACAGACAAUGAUUCAGGGGACCAUGGGGGAAAAGUGGGACAACAAGGUGAAACGGGAGGUGGAGAAGCAGUGCGAGCAGCAGAAGAGCAGCCAUCUGUGUCAGAAGCAUCAGAUUCUUGUAAUACUGACUCUCGUGUCCUCACCAGCCCCUCCAGUGACUCCCUCGAUGCUUUGGAGGAAGAUGACUUCGUUUCAUGUUCUUCUUCCUCUGUCCACCCCAGUGCUUCUUCUCAAACUCUUGCCCAUAGCCACGCUCCCCUCCACCUUCACCCAUACACUUAUAAACACAUUCAGCCCCACCUCCUUGCCCCGCCACCAGCUCAUGCCCAUCCCCUCAUCCACCUCACAACUCAAGACAAAGGAGGAGGCUGCAGGAGGUCAGGCGACGGAGCCGAUCCCCAACUCCUCACUCCCAUCUCCCCCUCUUCGAGUCUUCACCACAACCAAAAAUACCCAGGUAACCUCUGCUCUGAUGACACUUCCCUGUGUUUCGCUGACCUCUCCCGCCUUGUGGACUUCCUGCCGAGUCCUCCAGAAGUCAGUGAGGAAGAAGAUGAAGAAGAGGAGUUGAGGAGGAGGAGGAGGAGGAGGAAUAUGUUGAAAGAAACAGGGGAGUCAGAAAGAGGAGCAGGUGAAAGAGGAAGCGAAAGCAAGGAGGGCAGUGUUAAAGAACAUCCACUAUCCCCUUCUCCAUCCUCCCCCUCUUCCCACAUGGACUAUGUGUUUAACUUUGACCAAAGCGAUGCUCGCUGCUACUACAAACUCUGCUCCAACAUCACCCCCGACAGCGCCCGCAGUCUUCCCCACCCCCUGCAUCAGAAUGAGGGAGAAGACUGGGACCAGGAGGGAGAUCCAGCUAAGGCGGUUGACCUGGAGCCUGUCCCCAUCCUUCAGCCACCACCUGGCUUUGGAGACAGCAGCUCUGAUGAGGAGUUCUUUGAUGCCAGAGAUGGCUUCACCUCGCCGGAAGACUCGACCUCAGGGGCCAUACCAAGAGAUGUUCGCACAGAGAUGAAACUGGACUUCCUCAGCACACUCAGCCUCAGUGACAUCAGAGUCUCAGUGACAGAUGCAGACAGUGAUGGAAAAGUGGAAGAAGAAAGAAAAGGAGAAGACGAGGAGGGAGGAGGCAGAGAAACAUUGUUCCAGCUCAGAAAAAGAUGCCGUAAGCGCCGUUCCUUCAUGGAAACUGAUUACACCUCUAGAGUGUCAUAUCCAGAGCCAGAUCCAGAAAUGCAGGGCCUUGUCUCUAAUAGGCUUCAUAAGAACUUGUUGGCAGAAGCCAAUGAUGCACAGAUGCUGAGUUCAGAUCCUGAACCUUCAGCGCAAACCCAGAAUCCCAGUCCUACUGUCUCCUCGUUGACUCACUCUGAAGGGGAACCGGCUCAGCUCGAGUCAAAACCCAUCCUGUCCAUACCCUGCUCAUGUGGACCUGGCUCUCCACAUGGUUUGGAGUCCCAUGAGCAGACUAGGGCUCCACCAGCCCCCUCCAGGACCAGGAAACAAGAAAUGGAGAUGGAACCUGACGCAAUGGAAUCCAAAUCGGUCACAGAUCUUGUGAAGGUAGCAGCUCCUACCAUCACCGUUGUCCGCUGCCGGGUUGAUCCAGACGGGAAGGAGAGUGCUGAUCGAAGGGGUGACGGAAAGGAGGAAGGGGAGGAACAGAAGGAGAUGGGUGAGGGAAAAGAGGAGGGAGAGAAGGUAGAGACAGCGGGUUUGUCAGGGAAUGGACCUUUCACUAAACAUAUGUUUUUGCCAGAAAGCACUGAGGAGCAAGAAGAAGAGAAGAAAGAGGGGGUAAUAGGGUACUCAUCCAGUUCAAAGAGACCACCCCUAGGUGCUGAGAGGCAGCCAGAGGGCAACACACUGUCUACAUGUUUGAUAGAGGUGAAUAAAAAGAGUAGUAAUGGCCUUUUGGGAGUGCAUCUGAUUGGCUUAGAGCAAAACACAUAUGUAGAAGAACAUAUGCUUGAAGGUGUUUGUGAGACGUCAUAUCCACCAUCACACUCACCACCACCCCCUCCACCCUCAACCCCUCUACCUCCCAUAGCAGGUCUUCACAAAUCCCAAAGUGACUGUUUUGUAGGGGAAGAAGGAGGCAGCAAAAACAUGGGAACCUCAACCACAAUGUCUUUUUCUAAUUCUGAGGAGAUGCAACUCUGCAAACUGAGUCACACUAACAAGGCACAUUUACGUGAAGACAUCACCACUAGUGUUAAUGAGGUUGAAACCAUUGGUGUUGUUAGCUCUACUGCGACUACCAGUGAUGAAGUUACUGACAGCACCAAUUCAGACAAUGUUUUUGAUGAUGAAGAGGUGAUUAAUUCUUUAAAUUCUAGUUUAAGUGACAAGAAAGAUGACUUGACGAUAGUUACAAAGCAUGGCGUCAGUGGAACUUCAGCUACAGCUAGUAAAGGUGAGUCUAAAAGUAUUGUCAAGUCUCUUACCAACACUGAAGCACAUACAAGAAUUUUUCAAGUAAAUUCUGAUUAUACUCGAGCUAUAAACUCUAUCACUGCAAAGCUGGGAGCUGCAACAAGUGCCACCUCUCCUACAUUUAAUGCAGGUGCUAAAUUGCAAAGUUCUUCCGAUUCGGAUCAAAAUCCAGACGAACCCAGAAGUGACUGCACUUUGCUAAGUCCUGAAGCUAAAGGUAGUUUAGCUUGUCCUAGCUUAGUUAACACAGCCACAUUCCAUGAUAUCUCCAAAGCGCCUCCUUCUCCAACUAACUUCCUCUUUCAGACCUGUUCUCCGAGCAUUAUCAAUCGCUUAUCUGCCUCCACACUAAGGGGGAAGAUUCAAAAGUUGCCCCUUUAUUUAUCACGCUCCCAGGAAACCAUCAACCAAGCAGGGCUGGGGAAUGUAACUCAGAGUUCCGCUGAGGACAGCAGGAGGGACGACGUCGAGAUCACCAUCAAAGUUACGGAUGUUGAUGAUGUCACACAAACAAUAGAGAUGGGCACAACAGUAGAAUCAGUGGAGUCGGAUGAUUCAGAUGCAACGGUAACAGGAUCUGAGGUGGAUGAGGAGUUUUUUGUUGAAACAAACUCAGCAAAGAGUUUUCAUUCAGUGUCAGAGGUGAAGGAAGUAAGCUCUCCAUUGCCUGUACAGACUGAGCCCAAAUCCGAACACCAAAAUCAGCUCCUGUACACUGGAACUGUCAAGAACACACCUGGACCAAUAACCAAGCCUCCAGCCUCCACAGUGAACAGCCUCCGAAGAGACACUUCAGGCCUAAAGAUGGACACUCCUGGCCCUAUAAAAUAUGCUCCAGAAUCAAACAUGAAGGUCGCAAGUCCAGGUGAAGACUUUCCAGGUUAUAAACUGAACUAUCAGUCGCGUUCUGUUCCCCCUCCGGUCGUGGUGACCACACAGAAUCUAAGUGGGCCAGCACUCCCUUUUCAUAGUCAGCCACAGAAAGUAAGACGGACCAGUAGCGACAGACCUUUGAUGGGUCUUUGUAGGCCUACAGGGCACAAUUCAAACUCAUCAACAACACUUUCCUCAGGCUGCAGGGUGUUUACCAUCUGUGAGGAUCCAUCCCAGACAAAGAGCCCGGUCGAGGUGGGGACUACCCAACCCUUGAAGUCUGACUUUGGCUGCACUUCUGUGCUAGCGUCUGGAUGUGAGUCAGCUGUGGAAAAGGUGCAGGUGCCGCUGGAUGCUUGUGGUUGCCCAACAGUCUAUACCAACUGCUUCAGCAGCGGGGACAGCUUUGACGAGGAGCUGACAGUCUACGAGUUCUCCUGUCGCACACAGAGCAGCGGUGUGACUCAGACUUCUGGAGCAGGUCUUCCUCUCAUUACCUCUCCAACCAUUCCCACCUUUCUUUCCACAUCCUCCACUCACUCUCCCUCCUUCCCACGCUCCAUCAUUUUCUCCUCCUCUACCUCUGAGCUCAGUCCUCUCCUCUCACCACUGUCUGAGUCCUCUGACCAUCUCCUGUCUCAAACACACAAGAACACCAUCAGUCGGUUAGGGCAACAGCGCUACCCAGAACCUCCAACAGGUUUCCAAGUACUGCGCGUAGAUGUGGACCAGCUCCUCUCCAUUCUGGAAAGUAGUGGUGCUGACCGAUAUGUGGCAGGCCAUGGAGGUCGCCACCCAAGGGACACCUGCCCAGCCCACUUUACAGAGAACAAGAGGGUGCUCCAGAUAGAGGCACGGCGGCUGAUGUCAGGUUGCCAGAAGGUUGUGGGGAUUGGACAGAGCCCCGAGGAGAUGCUUUACUCCCUGGCAGACAGUUUCCGGACCCUGGUGGAGUUGGCAGGUAUAUGCCUGUGGUUCUCUGGUUGUGAAAGGUGUGACCGCAGAAACGCAGAGGCAGUUGCAGGUCUGGCAGAUGUUGCCCGUUCAUUCAGGGACUUCUGUCUGGCAGCGGAGCGAGCCAGCAGCAAGCGUAGCUGCCAGGACCUGAGCACCAAGCUGCUAGCAAAACAGUGCACUGCGCUCACUGCAUCUGUCUUCUGCCUCACUCAGCUGUUCCGCACCCUCACUGCACUAUGAUUGAACCACAACCUCUGAAGUCUUUUGAAAUGACCUGCAGGGAACCUGUGUGUGUGUGUGUGUGUGUGUGUGUGUGUGUGUGUGUGUGUGUGUGUACCUCAGGUACAUGAGGUCAUUAGUGAGCCCACAGCUGCUGCAGGUGUGGGCAGAGUGUGACCCAGGACAGUCAUGUAUAGGAUGGGCAGUGUGAGGUGAGAUUACCUCAGAAACACACUGGAGUCACUGAGCUCCGUGAUAGUUCAAAUGAUCACAAAAACUCAACAUCAUAGAGCCGAUUUGAGAUGGUUGAGGUGCAUGUGGUUACUGACUCUGCUGUGCACGUACUGUAGCCCACAAACCAAACAGCCAGCAACAGACUGUAGAUUGGUGCAAGCUGCAAAAGCAGAAUCUGCUUGCAUUCCAGUGUUGAGGAACUGAUGUACUUGAAUGUAUUCUAUCUAUUGUGUUUAUUUAUUUAUUUAUUUAUUUAUUUAUUCAUUUAAUUAUGAGUUACUGCAGUGAGCAAGCAAGGAAUGUAAAAACAAGGAAGAAAAGGAAAUGUUUACAGGCAUAUCUUUAGAUAGAGGAGUAGUGGGCCUUCUACAAACAUUCGCAAGCACACAACCUCAAAUACACAGAGUGAAUCAGUAUUUGAUUCCAUUCAUACACAGGCCUUUUGUAUGACUGAAUGAAAAUGUUAAGAUAAGAAACACUGCAGUUUACUGAUGCUUAUAUAUCCUUACAUUCUCCAAGCUGUUGGUGAGGACUUAUUUGAAUGUUACUGUUUACAAAACCAAAAACUAGGGUGAGAAAUUAUUUGAUCAGACUCCCACAAAUCAAGCCUGAAGCAGUGUUUGCCAUUUUAUAAAUCUAGUAGCAGAAUGCUGAUGUAUGCUCAUUAUGUAACUUUAUGAAACAACAGUUUGGAUGAGAUACAGAUCUUUGCACAUUCAAUUUGUUGACAUUUUGUACAGACAUUUAGUAUGACUUAUGGAAACAUAAUACAUUUGCAAGCUUUUCUCUCAUUUAUUUGUUAACACUCUCUUUGUUCACCUCCAGAAGAAACACUGAACUCUCCAGUGCAUGGUGAUGUGGCUGUCAACCACCAGGCUUUUCCAUACAUUUAUUUCUUUUUUUCUAUUUAACAUGUCCACUGAGAGCAAGAAUCUUCAUUCUAUAGGAGACUUCCCAGUAAAUAUGUAUGAUAUGUGAUAGUGCUGGGCGGCAUACCGGUCUAUCCAGUAUACGGGUAUUGGGUAUUCCAGGUGAUGUGAAUUUUUCAUUCACCGUCAUACUGCUACAGAGCUGCAACAGCUGCUGAAGUGUGUCAGUGAACAGUGAAGAGCACACUAACAGAACUCUACACUGAAUGGGAGAGGGGAGAACUAUCAACUGCAUACCCUUCUUAUAACUUAUAGAGAGGUGAAGGAUGAAGAAAAAGAGACUAGAGAUUAGGGAUGCACGAUAAUAUUGUCACAUCAUCGGUUUUGCGUAUAUUGGCUUUAAAAUGAACAGAAUCAGAAUUGGCCGACAUGCUUUUUCUUAUUUUGCACAAUGAAUGAAUAUUACAUACUUUGAAAAGUAUUGUAUUUUAUGUCUCUAUCUGCUGGUGGGCCAUCAUAAGAGCAUGCAUGCUUAAUAUGAUGUUAAUUCCACUACAGAAGAGAUUUGAUGAUCGCUAAAAUUAGAUGGGGAAAAAAGUGGAUUUAUCAAUCGAUCAGUAUUGGUUAUUGGCCAAAUGAGUUGUUACGUAUCGGCAUAUCGGCAAAAAUUCCAAGGAAGUUUUUUUGCUUUAGAAAUCCAGCAUAACAUUAGUUUUCCGGGCAGCUGUUGUUGCCAGUGGUGUAACACUAGCAACGUAGUCCAUCAUCACUUCAGCAGAAAACGUGUUGAUAGCAAUUAUGGUCAUCAGAUUUGAGGAUGUCAGUAGCACCAGUGAAACAGUGAAACCAAAGGGUCAGACAUAGCCUGAAGCAAAUUUGCUCGAGGUGCUGCAUCAAGUGGAAGAGCGCGAUUAUGAACAUAAUAACACUCCACCUAUUCAAGGAUAUGGUCCGGCUACAGACAGUAGAGAAAGAGAGGCUCAGAGCCUAUUUAAAUAUCCCACUGCUCUGAUUUUUGUGUCAUUGUGCAACCCCGUUCUGCGGACGAUAAACGAGGUGCAGACUUCCAUCCAGCGAGUGCUGGACAGAGCAGUGAGUGACAACAACCCCCGCCCACAUGAAAGAGUACUGUUUGUGGUGGAAACGCAAGGGUUUAGGUGCCAUGUCUGAAAGGUUACUUUUGGUUCCAAAGGUACCACACCAAAACUGUUUGGUGGAAACAGGGCUUUACAUAGUUUUAUGAGAAUCUUAAGAAUCUUAAAUUUCAAGCAAUUGUCAAGCUUUUCCAGAUCAUAAACAUCUGCACACCUCUUGCUGGGGUUUGGGGACAUAGACUUAAACUGCAAUGUCCCUCACACUAAGUGCAUUAUUAUUACAAAUUUUCCAGUAUGACCACCAAUACUAGCAAAUCGGUGACCGAACAGAGCACAGAUAGCCCCAGCAGUGCAGGAUUACAGUAUGUAGCACUGUUGGCUAUCUGUAUGUGCUUUUUGCAUUCUGAGUGAGACUAUCUAAGAAGAUCUGACUGAUCCAACCAUUGGUUGACAGCCCAUCACUAGAGUCCCUUGAACUCAACACAUCCAUCACAGAAUCAUGUAGCCUAAAACACUGAUUUAUGUGAAGCUUAUUGUGGAUAAGCUGUCGUAUUACAGCAUUUUCACUUGGAAUGUUUCUUGAAAUAACAGGGAUUGAUGCACAUAGACCUGCAUGUUCACUGGAGAAAUUAAAAGUUCUCAGAAAUAAUUUCACCACUGCAGUACUGGAAACACAAUUAAUUGCCAACAGUGACAGUGGUUCUCUAUAUACGUAUUAAUAGUGGCAAUUGAAACAUUAUUUGUUAACUUGUCCUGUUUUGUUCCCUGUGGGUACAACGGAAUAUAAUUUCCUGUAUUUUAUCCCCAGUUUGCAGCAGAGAAGAAUAUAAGCAGCCUACUUUUACUGAUUUCCAUGAGAAAAUUGCCCCCAGACAAAUGGAAAUGAGCAACUUUUUGUAAUCAUCAUCUGUGCUCACCAAGCAUGCUGUAAUAAGCCAUAAAAUGCAUUGUUUCAUCAGGGAUUUUAUCUGUGAAUGACUGAAUGAUGACAUCUGCUCUUGCUUUGUAAUCCUCAAU